AUGUGGCUGCGCUUGUCUGUGCCAUCACCCCGCCCUAUUCUCCCGCUUUCCAUCACCCCGCCCCAUUCUCCCUCUUUCCAUCACCCCGCCCCAUUCUCCCUCCAUCCAUCACCCCGCCCCAUUCUCCCUCCUUCCAUCACCCCACCCCAUUCUCCCGCAUUCCAUCACCCCGCCCCAUUCUCCCGCUUUCCAUCACCCUGCCCCAUUCUCCCGCUUUCCAUCACCCCGCCCCAUUCUCUCGCUUGCCAUCACCCCACCCCAUUCUCCCACUUUCCAUCACCCCGCCCCAUUCUCCCGCUUUCCAUCACCCCGCCCCAUUCUCCCGCUUUCCAUCACCCCGCCCCAUUCUCCCGCUUUCCAUCACCCCACACCAUUCUCCCUCCUUCCCAUCACCCCGCCCCAUUCUCCCGCUUUCCAUCACCCCGCCCCAUUCUCCCGCCUUCCAUCACCCAGCCCCAUUCUCCGGCUUUCAAUCACCCCGCCCCAUUCUCCGCUUUCCAUCACCCCUCCCCAUUCUCCCACUUUCCAUCACCCCGCCCCAUUCUCCCGCUUUCCAUCACCCCGGCCCAUUCUCCCGCUUUCCAUCACCCCGCCCCAUUCUCCCUCCUUCCAUCUCCCCGCCCCAUUCUCCCUCCUUCCAUCACCCCGCCCCAUUCUCCCGCUUUCAAUCACCCUGCCCCAUUCUCCCGCUUUCCAUCACCCCGCCCUAUUUUCCCGCUUUCCAUCACCCUGCCCCAUUCUCCCGCUUUCCAUCACCCCGCCCCAUUCUCCCGCUUUCCAAUAACCCGCUUUCCAUCACCCCGCCCCAUUCUCCCUCCUUCCAUCACCCCGCACCCUUCUCCCUCCUUCCAUCACCCCGUCCCAUUCUCCCGCUUUCCAUCACCCCGCCCCAUUCUCCCGCUUUCCAUCACCCCGCCCUAUUCUCCUGCUUUCCAUCACCCCGCCCCAUUCUCCCGCUUUCCAUCACACCGCCCCAUUCUCCCGCUUUCCAUCACCCCGCCCCAUUCUCCCGCUUUCCAUCACCCCGCCCCAUUCUCCCGCUUUCCAUCUCCCCGCCCCAUUCUCCCGCUUUCCAUCACCCCGCCCCAUUCUCCCUCUUUCCAUCACCCCGCCCCAUUCUCCCUCCUUCCAUCACCCCGCCCCAUUCUCCCUCCUUCCAUCACCCCGUCCAAUUCUCCCGCUUUCCAUCACCCCGCCCCAUUCUCCCGCUUUCCAUCACCCCGCCCCAUUCUCCCGCUUUCCAUCACCCCGCCCCAUUCUUCCGCUUUCCAUCACCCCGCCCCAUUCUCCCGCUUUCCAUCACCCCGCCCCAUUCUCCCGCUUUCCAUCACCCCGCCCCAUUCUCCCGCUUUCCAUCACCCCGCCCCAUUCUCCGGCUUUCAAUCACCCCGCCCCAUUCUCCGCUUUCCAUCACCCCUCCCCAUUCUCCCACUUUCCAUCACCCCGCCCCAUUCUCCCGCUUUCCAUCACCCCGGCCCAUUCUCCCGCUUUCCAUCACCCCGCCCCAUUCUCCCUCCUUCCAUCUCCCCGCCCCAUUCUCCCUCCUUCCAUCACCCCGCCCCAUUCUCCCGCUUUCAAUCACCCUGCCCCAUUCUCCCGCUUUCCAUCACCCCGCCCUAUUUUCCCGCUUUCCAUCACCCUGCCCCAUUCUCCCGCUUUCCAUCACCCCGCCCCAUUCUCCCGCUUUCCAAUAACCCGCUUUCCAUCACCCCGCCCCAUUCUCCCUCCUUCCAUCACCCCGCACCCUUCUCCCUCCUUCCAUCACCCCGUCCCAUUCUCCCGCUUUCCAUCACCCCGCCCCAUUCUCCCGCUUUCCAUCACCCCGCCCUAUUCUCCUGCUUUCCAUCACCCCGCCCCAUUCUCCCGCUUUCCAUCACACCGCCCCAUUCUCCCGCUUUCCAUCACCCCGCCCCAUUCUCCCGCUUUCCAUCACCCCGCCCCAUUCUCCCGCUUUCCAUCUCCCCGCCCCAUUCUCCCGCUUUCCAUCACCCCGCCCCAUUCUCCCUCUUUCCAUCACCCCGCCCCAUUCUCCCUCCUUCCAUCACCCCGCCCCAUUCUCCCUCCUUCCAUCACCCCGUCCAAUUCUCCCGCUUUCCAUCACCCCGCCCCAUUCUCCCGCUUUCCAUCACCCCGCCCCAUUCUCCCGCUUUCCAUCACCCCGCCCCAUUCUUCCGCUUUCCAUCACCCCGCCCCAUUCUCCCGCUUUCCAUCACCCCGCCCCAUUCUCCCGCUUUCCAUCACCCCGCCCCAUUCUCCCGCUUUCCAUCACCCCGCCCCAUUCUCCCUCUUUCCAUCACCCCGCCCCAUUCUCCCGCUUUCCAUCACCCCGCCCUAUUCUCCCUCCUUCCAUCACCCCGCCCCAUUCUCCCUCCUUCCAUCACCCCGUCCCAUUCUCCCGCUUUCCAUCACCCCGCCCCAUUCUCCCGCUUUCCAUCACCCCGCCCCAUUCUCCUGCUUUCCAUCACCCCGCCCCAUUCUCCCGCUUUCCAUCACCUCGCCCCAUUCUCCCGCUUUCCAUCACCCCGCCCCAUUCUCCCGCUUUCCAUCACCCCGCCCCGUUCUCCCGCUUUCCAUCACCCCGCCCCGUUCUCUCUCCUUCCAUCACCCCGCCCCAUUCUCCCGCUUUCCAUCACCCCGCCCCAUUCUCCCGUUUUCCAUCAUCCCGCCCCAUUCUCCCGCUUUCCAUCACCCCGCCUCAUUCUCCCGCUUUCCAUCACCCGCCCCAUUCUCCCGCUUUCCAUUACCCCGCCCCAUUCUCCCUCCUUCCAUCACCCCGCCCCAUUCUCCCUCCUUCCAUCACCCCGCCCCAUUCUCCCGCUUUCCAUCACCCCGCCCCAUUCUCCCGCUUUCCAUCACCCCGCCCCAUUCUCUUGCUUUCCAUCACCCCGCCCCAUUCUCCCGCUUUCCAUCACCCCGCCCCAUUCUCCCGCUUUCCAUCACCCCGCCCCAUUCUCCCGCUUUCCAUCACCCCGCCCCCUUCUCCCACUUUCCAUCACCCCGCCCCAUUCUCCCGCUUUCCAUCACCCCGCCCCAUUCUCCCGCUUUCCAUCACCCCGCCCCAUUCUCCCUCCUUCCAUCACCCCGCCCCAUUCUCCCUCCUUCCAUCACCCCGCCCCAUUCUCCCGCUUUCUAUCACCCCGCCCCAUUCUCCCGCUUUCCAUCAUCCGCCCCAUUCUCCCGCUUUUCAUCACCCCGCCCCAUUCUCCCGCUUUCCAUCACCCCGCCCCAUUCUCCCGCUUUCCAUCACCCCGCCCCAUUCUCCCGCUUUCCAUCACCCCGCCCCAUUCUCCCGCCUUCAAUCACCCCGACCCAUUCUCCCGCUUUCCAUCACCCCGCCCCAUUCUGCCGCUUUCCAUCACCCCGCCCAAUUCUCCCUCCUUCCAUCACCCCGCCCCAUUCUCCCGUUUUCCAUCACCCCGCCCCAUUCUCCUGCUUUCCAUCACCCCGCCCCAUUCUCCCUCCUUCCAUCACCCCGCCCCAUUCUCCCUCCUUCCAUCACCCUGCCCCAUUCUCCCGCUUUCCAUCACCCCGCCCCAUUCUCCCGCUUUCCAUCACCCCGCUCCAUUCUCCCGCUUUCCAUCACCCCGCCCCAUUCUCCCGCUCUCCAUCACCCUGCCCCAUUCUCCCUCCUUCCAUCACCCCGCCCCAUUCUCCCGCUUUCCAUCACCCCGCCCCAUUCUCCCGCUUUCCAUCACCCCGCCCCCUUCUCCCACUUUCCAUCACCCCGCCCCAUUCUCCCGCUUUCCAUCACCCCGCCCCAUUCUCCCUUCUUCCAUCACCCCGCCCUAUUCUCCCUCCUUCCAUCACCCCGCCCCAUUCUCCCGCUUUCCAUCACCCCGCCCUAUUCUCCCGCUUUCCAUCACCCCGCCCCAUUCUCCCGCUUUCCAUCACCCCGCCCCAUUCUCCCGCUUUCCGUCACCCCGCCCCAUUCUCCCGCUUUCCAUCACCCCGCCCCAUUCUCCCUCCUUCCAUCACCCCGCCCCAUUCUCCCGCUUUCCAUCACCCCGCCCCAUUCUCCCGCUUUCCAUCACCCCGCCCCAUUCUCCCUCCUUUCAUCACCCCGCCCCAUUCUCCCGCUUUCCAUCACCCUGCCCCAUUCUCCCGCUUUCCAUCACCCCGCCCCAUUCUCCCUCUCUCCAUCACCCCGCCCCAUUCUCCCGCUUUCCAUCACCCCGCCCCAUUCUCCCGCUUUCCAUCACCCCGCCCCCUUCUCCCUCCUUCCAUCACCCCGCCCCAUUCUCCCGCUUUCCAUCACCCCGCCCCAUUCUCCCUCCUUCCAUCACCCCGCCCCAUUCUCCCGCUUUCCAUCACCCCGCCCCAUUCUCCCGCUUUCCAUCACCCCGCCCCUUUCUCCCGCUUUCCAUCACCCCGCCCCAUUCUCCCGCUUUCCAUCACCCCGCCCCAUUCUCCCGCUUUCCGUCACCCCGCCCCAUUCUCCCGCUUUCCAUCACCCCGCCCCAUUCUCCCUCCUUCCAUCACCCCGCCCCAUUCUCCCGCUUUCCAUCACCCCGCCCCAUUCUCCCGCUUUCCAUCACCCCGCCCCAUUCUCCCUCCUUUCAUCACCCCGCCCCAUUCUCCCGCUUUCCAUCACCCUGCCCCAUUCUCCCGCUUUCCAUCACCCCGCCCCAUUCUCCCUCUCUCCAUCACCCCGCCCCAUUCUCCCGCUUUCCAUCACCCCGCCCCAUUCUCCCGCUUUCCAUCACCCCGCCCCCUUCUCCCUCCUUCCAUCACCCCGCCCCAUUCUCCCGCUUUCCAUCACCCCGCCCCAUUCUCCCUCCUUCCAUCACCCCGCCCCAUUCUCCCGCUUUCCAUCACCCCGCCCCAUUCUCCCGCUUUCCAUCACCCCGCCCCUUUCUCCCGCUUUCCAUCACCCCGCCCCAUUCUCCCGCUUUCCAUCACCCCGCCCCAUUCUCCUGCUUUCCAUCACCCCGCCCCAUUCUCCCUCCUUCCAUCACCCCGCCCCAUUCUCCCGCCUUCCAUCUGUAUGGUACCCAUGAGCCAUCCGUGUAUGGGUACGCAUGA